AUGAAUUUACAAGGAAUCGUUACUGUUUUGCUGUGUCUUAUAAGUUUUGCUCUCGCAAACUUAGAGGUAUCGGGUGACUUAUAUCUUAUUGAUGAUUUUGGCAGCAGAUUAGAGCUUGCGAAGCUGAGCAGCACGCCAGAAGAUGCCGGCAAUGGUAUAGAUAUUAGUUUGGAUAGCCUGGCUGCUAGUUAUGAGGCUGGUAACUACAGAGUGUGUGCGAACUUAGGAGAUUACUAUAACGAGUGCUUUUCAUAUUUGACCAUUGAACAGCCAUUGGCAUAUCAAUUGAAGCUCGAAACAGUUGGUAAUGAGCUAAUUCGCAUGUCACUGGAGAAAAGCAGUGGUGUAAAUGGUAUUGAGGGGGUAAUAGAGGAAAUUCAGCAAGGUGUAGUGCCAGAAACGAUUAAAUUGAAGAAGCGUACGAUGACAUACGAAGAAAAGAAGAAAGCAGAGAGUAGGGGCACUGGUACUGCUGCAUUCGAGGAGGAUAUAGUAGAGGAGGAUCAGAAAACGUUUGUGCAAAAGAACUGGAAGUUCAUUGUCGUUGGGUUGUUGGUGUAUGUUUUCAUAGCGAAUAGUUCGCAACAAUGA